GAGGGCCGCUGCGCUCCACUGUGUGGAUGGUUAUGAUGACACAGGCUUCCACACGGCGCUUCACCUGAGUCUCGGUGGAGCGGAGGACUUUCUAAACGGCAGACAAUGACGUAAAUUUUAGUUUGACAGCUCCUAUUCCUCAUAAAAAUGCGUCGGUAUCUUCGUCUUUUAUUCGCUUGCGUGAUAUUGGUCUUCUUCUCGGUGUUGUACGUGUUUAACCAGCUGGCCUCCUCUCUGGAGACUGUAAACUCGUGGACCGAGUCAAGAGCUGAUGGAGGCCCGCCGCACUACGCCAGGAAAGCCGCGGGGAGAGAAGGCCACGACUGGAGGGACAGGUGUAAGUCAAUGUCUGUCACACACUGGAAUCCCUAUUGGAGACUGGCCCCUGAUGUUUGUGGCAAGAACUGCUUUAUGGAGUCGGCUCGUAGGUAUGCUGUGGAUAAGACGUUGUCUGGGUUCAGUCAUGUGGACAGAGUUGAGUCGGUCAGGUUGGCAGUGGUGGCGUGUGGCCCAAGGCUGGAGGAGACCCUCACCAUGCUGAAGUCUGCUGUCAUCUUUAGCCAGAGAGCACUUCAUUUUCAUAUCUUUGCUGAGGAUGAUCUCCAUUCUGGCUUCAAAGAUUCUCUGGAAUCAUGGCCAGUGAGAUUUCGGUCCAAGUAUAACUACACCAUCUACCCCAUCACCUUCCCCAGUGAUAAUGCAAAGGAGUGGAAGAAGCUGUUUAAACCCUGUGCUUCCCAGAGGCUUUUCCUGCCUCUGAUCCUGAGUGAUGUUGAUUCCCUGCUGUAUGUGGACACAGACAUCCUGUUCCUGCAGCCAGUGGAGGAGAUCUGGAACUUUCUCUCCAUGUUUAACAGCAGUCACAUGGCGGCAAUGGCACCGGAACAUGAAGAGCCCCGAAUAGCAUGGUAUAACCGUUUCGCACGCCACCCGUACUACGGCAAGACCGGAGUGAACUCUGGAGUUAUGCUCAUGAAUAUGACUCGAAUCAGAGCCAAGCACUUCAGGAAUGACAUGACACCAGUUCAUCUGAGAUGGGUGGACUUGCUUAUGCCACUUCUGCAGAAAUAUAAACUCAAUAUCACAUGGGGAGACCAAGACCUUCUAAACAUCAUAUUUCACCACAACCCAGAGGGCUUGUUUGUGUUCCCAUGCCAUUGGAACUACCGUCCCGAUCAUUGCAUCUAUGGCAGCAACUGUGCUGCAGCUGAGCAAUACGGUGUUUACAUUCUCCACGGCAACCGAGGUGUUUACCAUGAUGAUAAGCAACCUGCGUUCCGAGCCGUAUAUGAUGCUAUUCAGAAAUACCCAUUUGGAGAAGAUCCAGUCAGCUCCCUGCUUCGCCCCUUGGAGGAAAAGCUAAAGACUACAAUGCACACAUACUGUGGAAGAUCAAGUCACAUUUUCACCAAGAAAUUAAGGGAGAGCAUUACAUACAUUCAGAAAGAUAAUCUCAAUGCAAGAUGAUCCCGUCCCCUGAAACCGUGAACCAUCUGAGUUAGAAGCACACACAGCAUUGAUAAGGAGCCUUAAGCCCAGCUGGAGAACAGGAUCAUUGCAGAUGUGUUACUUCAGUGAAAACGCAAUUCAAAUUCAAGUAAUUGAAAUCUGAAUGAAUUAAACUACAAUAUAUAGUUUUUUUUCCUGCCAGUUGUCCACGACUCUUCCAGGAAUGGAAAUGAAGAUGAAAUAUAGGCACUGAAAUCACUUUUAAGUGUAAUUGAGAGGGGCCAAAUGGAUGGAACCUGACAAUCAGUAGGCUGUUCUAGUUCUCUAGAACAGUUGUUCUUCACUCCAGUUCUAGCUCCCUGAAUGUUCUGCUGGGUUGUGUUUUUUUUGCCUGUUCCAGCUUACCUGAUUCAGCCCACUAGCUAGUCUUUAAGCCCCCUAGCUACAUUAAGUGUGUUAGAGCUGUGAAGGGCCUCCAGGGCUGGAAGUUUGAGAAGAUCUGUCAUAGAACAUUUGUGACUAUUAGCAGGAAUUAUGGAUAAAGAGCAAGGUUUCACCAGUUUCAGAAGUACCUUAUUUAUGUUCAGGGAAAGUUGGAGUUACUUUUUGGGUGCUGGUCUAGUUUUAGUAAAGAAUACAGUCUUAUGCAACACCCUGAGUCAAAUUAAAUGUUUUUUUGAUUUUCAAAGUGAAAAUAAUACAUUGGUGCAGUUUUACAUAUUUCGGGGGGGGGGGGGGGGAGGGGGGACACAAAAUAUAAUAUGCCAUAACAUUUAUACAGGCCACAUUUAAAUUUUUCCCCCAAUAUAAUAAAUUCAGCAGAUAAACAGCAAUUGUGUAUUACAAUAUGCAGAAGUGAGUUCCAUGUAUAGGCCGUGUUAACCUUUUCUUUACUUGGACAAUCAACAAAACAGGGGCUCCCAAACUUGUGUAAUUGUGAGACAGAAUCCUGGGGCCAUAUUACAGAAAAUCUUUUUGUCUUAAGAUCUGACAGGUCAAGAUAAGAUUGUUCACAAAUUCAUAUUACAGAAGUAAAUCUUAUCUUAAUUUAAGAAUCUUAUCUUACAGCAUCUUAUCUGAAAUUAGGAAAUCUUACUCGAUUCAAAUCGAUUGACUAUCAACUCGUGCCUGUUACCUAGCAACCGACCAUCCACGCACAGCGGAAACGUACAAACGUGAUCAAGUUAGUUAGUCAGACUUCUAGGUAACGUUAGCUACUGUUACUGAUGUAAAAAAAAACUAAAGCGUGAUAAACUGAACAUUAAUAAUAUUGUGUCAGCGCUUUGUGUUGUUUAUCAGAGCAUCGCUCCUCCACAGUUCAUUUCCUAAACACUUUAGCCAAGCGUUAUUAAUAUUAUUCCUCCUUAUAUACAGACACCCGUUCAGCUCCGUCUCCUCCUCAUUCACCAUCAUCUCUCUACAAUAUUGUAUUUUAUGACUUUUUAUCAAACAUUAACAACCGUUCUUAAAAACCGCUGUUUAAAAAAAAAAAAAAAAACGAAAGUCACACAAGUUAAAGCACCGGUUUAAAUAAAAAUGUAGCGUCAUUAUGCUACUUGUAGUGAACUGUGCUGUCCAUCACUGCAUAAAAUAAUAGAAACAGACGUUCAAAGCAGAAGACGCUCUGGGGUUUUCUUAAAGUUAAGAAAAUAUUUAGGCUGUUUUGGCAUCUUAGGUUGUUUCUGUAAUAACUUACCAUUUUCUUAUCUGGAAAUAAGGCAAGAUUAUAGACUUAGGAACUGUUCAUGUGUAAUGGCUUCUGUCCAAACUUCAGUCUUAACUGAAAUUGCCAUGACAACAAAGCAGCUAAGAUGAUCUCAGACUUAAGAAUUUUCUGUUAUACGGCCCCUCUUCUUUUGAUAAGAAAACGAGCCAAACUAAGCUUUUUAAUGUGUGAAUGUACCAUAGUAUACAUUUUUUUUAAUGUUUGUUCUGGUGGUCAUCAGUUAUGCACAGUGCAGUGAGGUACAGAUGAUAAACUCAGUCUGUUAACAUACAGACUUGCAUGAGGUUAAAGCAUCGAAGAUAAUAAAUCACUUAAUUUCACUGAUAAAAAUGAGGAAACAUUUGUUAGAACUUGUGAAUCUGUCAUGACAUUAGUUUCAGGUGAUCAGAACAUUUUAACCGUUUUUACAGUGUUAGAAUUUUAGAAUAUCACUUUCAACACAUGACAAUGUCAUCAGAUACUAGCAGAUUCAGAGAGAAUUAAUAACACUGCACACGUUUUAAAGAGUAGACAAGAUGGUGGGGUGGCUAUCCCAAACAAGAUUAUUCUAAAUUACUCUUAGAAACACACUUUAUUGUUAAUCAUUAUCACGCUAACUGUUUGUAAAUUGUAAGCCUAGCUACACUUCAGAAUCAGAGAAACAGAUUGUGUCAUUUAAGUUUUGACAGGGUCUCUUUAUUUUUGUUAUUAAUACAGUGAGACCAGCUGAGACUGGAGUCUUUUUUUCGUCUGACCCUGUUUGCUGUUAAAAAACUAAUGUAAUAAAUAAGUAGAAGUAAUGCCAAUCAUGAGAAAUGGUCAGGAAAGAAAACAGGAAAACCAUACACACUGAUCUGGGAGCCAGUCAGCCAGGAGCUUCUUAAAAUGAUCUAGUGAGACUGAAAGCUUCAGCUUUGCUGGUUUUUGAAAUUCAUUCCAAAUUUAAAGCUCCUGAAAUGUGACCGUGGGUUCUGUUAAAGCUGUGAAAUUACUCUAUGAAUGACAUGCCUAGACGGCCUACAGGGAUGUUUAUUCACUGAAGAAGAAAAAAAAGUUGAGGAAGAACCAGUUUUAGCCACUUUUGCAAAUGAAGUUUUCACUAUUGGCUGUGUAAUUCAAUCCAAGACUAAACAUAAUCUUUAAACUCUUUUCCUGUACGUCCACUUCUCAGACAGUAGGAGAUUAAAGUGUAUACACGUAAAGCUAAUGCCAAAAAUAGGUUUUGCACUACGCAGCAGAAUCAGUUAUGCUUCAUUUAGCAUAUGCCUGUGGAAUAACUAUGGUAUAUUUUUCUGUACAGUAAGACUUCAGUUUUACAGAGAAAACUACUUUCCAUAGUUCACAAAUUUAUAUUGUGUAUUGAGUCAUAUUGAUUUCAGAAUGUUCGUCUUGAGUGUCUUCACCGUUACCUUCAAAGACAGUACCUCAGUUGUAACAUCUUUGAUCUGUUGAAUGUAAAUGUUUGAAUGAUGCAGUAUAUUUUUGUAAUAAACAUUGCACUUCUGCCUA